CUCGACUCCAUUACCACUCCGAUAUUCCUCCCGUGACAUUGUUCUAUCAUAUCUCUCUACCGUAUCAUUCAAUCUACUAUCGAUUACCGUAACAAUGUCGCCCAUCUAUUCAUCGGGCACGCUGCCAACCGAACUCGUCAAUCUCCUCGCACUGCACUCCUCGUUUCUUACCGCGCUGUCGCUGCAUUACGCGCAUAAUGGGACCGCCACGCCUGUCGAUCUGAGGGACCUAACGGGCUCGGUGUCGAAUGUCUGGCGGAUGCGGAAAGUUACGUACGAUGAUAUCCGCCUGGUUGUUGGUGUCCUGGGCCAUGGACCCGCUGGGUGCAACGACCCUUUUUACCUCUCCGACUACGGGCGCGGAAAGAUCUGCCUCGAGAUGCGCGACGAGCACAAGACGAUGGGAGGGUUUGGCACACUCAACGAAGAAGCGCUGAAGGUCAUGUUUAUGGAGAGCCUGGAUCAUUUGUGGAGGCAGUGGACUGUCGCGACGAAGACACCCGCGCGCCCGACUGCGACCCCAAAGCGCCGCGGACGACCGCGAAAGACCGACGCAAAGCAACCCAGCAUCCAGCCCUUCACCUGCGAGCCCUCAAUCACCAAGUUCAUCGCCCAGCUUCCGCACGCAGACAUUGCGCCGUGCGCCUCGCUCACCGCUGUCGCUCCCCUGCAAGAGAAAGGACGGAAGAGGCUCCGCGAUUUCAAAGACAGCGUGCAGCAAGGCCGGGCGCAGAAGAAAGCGAGGGAGACAACGGGGAAGGAGAACGAGCCUGCUCCGCAGCAGACUCAGGCACAAGCACAAGCGGUCCAGACGAAGAUGACAGACUUCGCCUCCGUCCGGAAAACCAACCUCCUCGACCGCAUCCUCGCGAAGCAAGCCGCUGCAGCUGCCGGUCCCACGCCGCCCUCGCCCGCUGAACUCCAGCGCAAAGCCGCGCUCCAGCGCGCUCAAGAAGUGUUGCACAUACUCUCUCUUCUUUGCGCCAGCAAACCCGGUCUACGCGUUUCGUUUUCGCUAGCCUCGCUAGUGCAGUCUCUGCAAAGUUCGAUCCGUACUCCGCUAUCGAAAGAGGAGGUUGUGAAGUGUGUCGAGGUGCUGGCGAACGAGGUUGUUCCGGGGUAUAUGAGCGUGGUGCGGAUGGGCGCCAUGGCUAGUGUGGUUGUCAAUCAGGCGAUGAGACCCACGGAUGUCAGGGGAAGGCUUGCUGCGCUGGGUGUGGCUGCUUGAAGUGCUGUAUUAUUGUUUUGCAUAGCGUUAUUAAGGGUGGUGGGUGGGGAAGUGGGAGGCGUGUUUGUUUAGUGUAGCGUUCGAGCUCAAUUGCAUAAUCCUUUCU